CAAAAUAAUUGUAGAUAAAUCUGUAUAAUUAAAUUGUUCUCCCCAAAAUGCCAUUUAAAUAUAUUACAAAUUUUUAAGGCGAGAAAUUGACAAGCCACAUGGCAGAGUUGAUGGACCGCCUGGGGUGGAUAGAGUAUGCAGUGAAAGGCGGGCUCAGCAGUUGAAGUCGAUAAUUGGAAUGGGCGCCAAGCAUGCGGACAUGAGGCCUGGGAUGAGGCCACAUGCGCUGUUGCUAAUGCAGCGAAAGUAUUGCAGACAUGUAUGUGUGUGUGUGUGUGUGUGUACGAGUGUGUGUGUGCUAUUAUUAGCUGCAUUGCGAGUGCCACAUGUGUUGUUGCCAAAGGCAUUGUAAUGAGCAGCGGCAGCGAAGAGGAAAAUAGUGCUACACUUGAGCCAAUGGCUCGUAUAGCAUGCAGCGCAUAACGGAGUUGAAGUUUGGCGCGCAAUGUGUCAGGCACACAUACACACACACAUAUACUUAUAUAUAUUUUAUUUUUAUUUUUAUAUUCAUUCUUUUUUUGGUAUACAUUUUCCAAAAAUGCACCGACUGCUGCUGCUGCUGUUGCUGGCGUUCUCACACCCGCUCUUCUUUUAGUCACGCACUCUCUCUCUCUCUCUCUGUCUUUUGCUCUGGAGCUCAUAUAAGACACUGAGUAUGCCAACAAUUUUGAACAGUCACUGCGCACAGCUCGACGGGAGUACAACAAAAAAAAAUAAGCCGCUGAUUAUUAUGGGAGUCAUAUACAAAAUACUGAAACAGCAGCGUCAACAACAGCAACAGCAGCAGCAGCAACAUCUGAGGCAAAUGCAAUGCAACAAUAUGGAUUUGAGCAUGGCAACCAAAUGCAAGGUGCAAGCAGCAAUCAAGCAGCGUCAAUUGCAGCGGCUCGAGGUGAGGCAACAGCAACAACAACAGGAGCAACAACAGGACACAAAUGAGGAUGCAAUUGCCGAGCAGCAAUUGCAGCAACUUUAUCAGUUUCUCGCCGAGAAUGCGUCACGCAAGAAACGUCAGCGACAGCGUCUCAGAAUGCAGCAGAUGACAGGUGAUGAUGCAGAGCAGCCACUUUGUGAAUUGCAAGCAACAGCAACCGGAGCAACCACAGCAACCACAACGCAUGACAUGGACUUGCUCAUGGAGCAGUUGAAUACUUGCGACAACAGCCAGCCAUCCAGCAUCAGCGAGGAAAACAGCAGCAACUUCUGCAGCAGCAAUGCGACGGCGCCUAGAGAUAGCAUUCUCCUGAAGAUACGCCAUCAGAUCUUUGAGCGCAAGCGACAGCAAAGGCAACGCCAACUGGCGGAGUUGGUGGAACAACGUCUCGUUGUCUGGCGACCAUGGUGAAGCAUCAACUUUCUCCAAAUUUCUCCAAAAUACUUAUUCCUUUGCGCCGUGUGAUGUGUCCGCUGCUCUUCCAUUUUCAUGACUACGAUUUACUCUACUUACUUACCUUUUCACCUUUUUUUUUUAAUGUUUUUUAUGCUAGUUUUAAUACAUUUUUUUUAACGUAAAAAUAUGCAUAAGUGAUGUCACUAUAUACAUAUAUACUUUAUAUAUAUAUGUACAUAUUUCCUAUAAAAGUCUUAGCAGCUAAAAGUCCAAAGUCGUUUAAAGUUAUAUUAGAUGUAAGUUGGUGAUCAAAAAAGUAUUUCACACUGAAAUUAAUGAGUUAAUCAUUUCAAUAAAACUAAAGAUAAAUAAUAAAACAAACUGCAUUGAAUUUUAAAUAUAAAUUUCCAG